CCAGUUUGAUUUACCAGUAGCAGCCGUUUGAUCUUCCCUUUAUAUAAAAGCUGAGAACUUGGCGAGAGUAUUCAUCACACUUCAACAUCCACACAUUCGGUCAAGUUACCUUAUAUCUAGUCUCUUUAUUUCUUUUUUAUUCGUCUUCGGACACUUAUAUAUUGUGUGUGUUUGUCAUCCAGAUAUCUAGAUCAACCUACACUAUGGCUUUUAAAUUGCUUUUAAUCUGCGCUUUGGCCGCUUACACAUCAGCUCAGUCUUUCCAAUCCAACAAAUACCCAGCCGGAGUACAUCCAAAUUUAUGUCCUCAUUAUCCAUAUUGUGAUAACACUGUUUUGGCUGGAUUUGCCCAAGGCGUAGCAUCGUUCCAUUCGGCAGGAUUAGCAGCUCCAGGAUAUCCAGCUGCCCUUAGCCCUCACGCUUGUCCCAAUUACCCAUACUGUUCUCAUCAAAUUCCUCCAGAAGCCAUUCAUUACCGUAGAAGUACUCCAUAUCAACACCAGCCAUUUGCUGCUGCUUCUCACGUUCCUUAUCCAGUUGUAGCCUCGGUUGGAUCUCCUGCCAAGUAUCCCAGCGGAGUUGAUCCCGCCAGCUGCCCAAAUUAUCCUUAUUGCCAUUAGAAGUUGAUCAUGGAUGAUUAAUUUACUUUCUUAUUUAAAUCCUUUCGAUGAUUCGACGUUGGCCACGAUCGUAUGAAUGAAAAAGAGUGUGGCAAUGAGAGGAAUAUUCAAGUGUAAUUACUUGAAUUUCUUUUCGAUGCAAUAUGAAUGUUGGAAUAGUUCCUUAAAUUAUGAUUUUUUUUUUUUGAUAUUAUUUGUGUUACCUAUUUAUUAUUCGAGAUUAUAAAAAUCAUCUGUAUUGAGACGUGUUUUGUAAUAAAACAUUUGGAUUAAUUA